AUGGGCAAACCACGAAUGAUCAUCGUGAUUCGCCAUGCGCAGAGCGAAGGAAACAAGAACCGCGACAUCCACCAGAUGAUUCCGGAUCAUCGCGUCAAGUUGACUGAAGAGGGCUGGAAACAGGCAGAGGAAGCAGGCCGACGACUACGAGGAAUGCUCAAACCAGACGAUACGAUCCAAUUUUUCACGUCCCCCUACCGCCGUACCCGCGAGACCACCGAAGGCAUCCUUUCAUCCCUGACGUCCGAAACCGAAGAAGAAGGUCCCUCGCCUUUUCCCCGCCACACCAUCAAGGUCUUUGAAGAGCCGCGGUUGAGAGAACAAGACUUUGGAAAUUUCCAACCAUGCAGUUCCGAGAUGGAACGCAUGUGGCAAGAGCGCGCUGACUAUGGUCAUUUCUUCUACCGCAUCCCUAACGGCGAGAGUGCUGCCGACGCCUACGAUCGUGUCAGUGGCUUCAACGAGAGCCUGUGGCGCAACUUCAGUGACGAUGAUUUCCCCUCGGUCUGUGUGCUCGUCACCCAUGGCUUGAUGACAAGAGUCUUCCUCAUGAAGUGGUACCACUGGUCGGUUGAAUACUUCGAAGACCUCCGCAACGUCAACCACUGCGAGUUUGUCAUCAUGCAGAAGAACCUCGAUAGCGGCAAGUACGUCCUACAGAACCAGAUGCGAACUUGGUCUGAGUAUAAGAGACGGGCCAUACCGCAACACAACCAACAAGUCACUGCCUCGCAAGUCGCUUCUCCAGUCAUACCCGCUCGCAAAUGGGGUGGUUGCGUCGGCGGCUGCACACACCAACACUCGAAAUUCCCUCGUCGCAUCAAGAAGCAGGACGAAGCCACUGUGUCAGUCCCCAAACAAGAACAAGAAGAUCAUCCUAUCGCUACCGAGGAAGUCGCCAUAUCCUCGACUCCGCUCAAGGCUUUUAGCACAGCAAGCACUACUGAGCCCAACUCUCCUAUAUCGCUCCGCCUUCCUACUCGCCCGAGCUUCCUUCAUGGCCGUGACGGUGGGGGCUCACUCUCCGGUAUGGCUACACCAGCCGAAGGAUUUUCUGACUUCUCAGGCGCUGAGAGCGACUACUUCCAUCGCAGCGAACAACACCACCGCAACCUCUCGGAUGCUAAUCCCAACAACCCCUCUGCUGCAUCCUUCUCCAGACGUAAACGUACUGUUCAGGACCUCGAAAGAUGGAGCCAACAAAGCGGCAUGGGCACAGGAGCUCGAGCAGACGCUUUAGGAGACGAGUACAACGAGCACGACGAGCACAUCGAUGGUGAUGAUGAGCAUGAUGAUCAUGAUGAGAAUACUGUCCAGAUGCAUGAGCCUAGUGAGCUCAUUGAAAAAUUGAAGAAGCAGGAAAUUGAGGACAAAAGCAUUAGAGGCAGUGUUUACUGA